AGUAGUACUAGUACAUCACACGACACCAGCAUACUACUGUGAAGAGCAACAGGACAUCAAAAGAACAAAUCUCGAAAAAAACAAAAUGGCGCCGAAAAAGAAGAAAGACAAGAAUGGCGCCGAGGAAAAAGUGAAGCCGUCCUUCACUACCUUCGUUCGCCUGCACGGGACCCUUGAUGGCGAUUCUGAAAAUUUGUCGAUCAAAGAAUCACGCGAAGAGUCUCUUGAUGGAGGACGAAGCACGAGUAAAUCCAGGUCAAAAUCUCCGUCGCCAAAGAAGCACACCAGCAAGGCUAAUUCAGACGGGACGUACGAUGUUGACCCCGAAGAUGGUCGUAGGAGAAGCAGGAGCCGGAGCCGCUCCAACUCUCCGUCCAAAUCCCCCAAACCACCACCCCCGAGAGGUCGGAAGCGAAGAAAAUCCUCCAUCGACAAACGAGAAGACAGCAUCAUGCUGUUUCAGCACAAGAUGCAAGAUGACUACGUCAAAGCACUUCGGAGGGUAUGAACUGCAAAAGUAUCGUACUCGUAGUAUCGCAAUACAAAUUUAGCUCAGCAUGAGAAAUGGAAUUUCUCAUGCUGAUUUAGCUUGAAAAAAAAAUUUGUCUUGCAUGAUUGCAAUCACUACGAGUGCGAUCAUACUUUUGCACAGGAUAGAGGGAAAACCUUUCCUACGUCGCCCAAGCGAUAUCGCCGAUCCGGAUUGCGAAGGAGGUGGCGAGCGGUGUGGCGAAGCGGAUCAGUCCGGCGAAGAAACCGGCGUUUUUGGUGUCGAAGGAACAAGAGACGGAAUCGAGUCAAAAACAGCGAGCGUUUGAAACGCUGGAACAAUCAGCUGAUAAAAAGAAUAAAAUCAUCCCGCUCAGUAAUUGGGCACCGGGGUCGACUAACAGUAGUUGGACCAGUGGCGCGUCGUAUUCCACGACACAAUCUGACGGGAACUACACGGGAACAGGUGCAGGAGCCACUUCUAGUAGUAAACCAAAAAAUAAACAGCAACCUUUUCUCUUCGCGCCAGAAGACGGAGACUACGGUCCGGACGACCCAGUGAAGCAAUCGACGCGGGAGAGCUUUUACCAACGCAGUCAAAUGAGCAAUGAUCACGUCGUCAACAUCCCGCCGCCGACGGAGGACGAUAAGAUUCUCUACCCGAAUGAGACGGUGCAACAAAGGUACAGACGGCUGCAGAAGCAGGAAUUGGAUGAGAUGUACAUGAGCAGGAACGAGUACGACAGUUCACAACUCCCCCUCCUCCUCAUUUGUUUUGCAUGGACAGCAAUACAAACACCCGCACCUAUGAAGCCUGUGCAUGACAAGUUCACACUCGUAUUGUAGUUACUGUUUGGGCUUGCGGACGAAUCUGUCAUGCGAACAGUACCACAGUGCAGCGCUUGGACUUGGUAUUUAUGCAUGACAAACGAGGGGGAGGGGGAGUUGUACGCUCUCAUAACGAGAAGAAGAUCCGGGAACUGGAGAAGCACGAGAUAGCGACGAAGAUCAAGUGGAACAAACAGAAAAUAGAGGAAGAUUCCAAGGAAGUCGAAGAGGACGAGAACCGGAGAGAACGAAGACGGAUGAGGCUCGUGGCAAAAUCCUCCGUCCCGGUAGCGAACUUGCCGCGGGAGCUGUCCGAGCUAGUGCAGGUUCGGGAACGGAACAAUCCAAAAAACGGGGACGAGACGCUGAUUAAAACACUGAAGAAAUUCGGGAUCAAAGAUGCGAGAUUAAAGUUGUCGCAAUACAAGACGGCGUUAUUGAGGUACUGAUGAUGUAGUUUUUUGACUUUGGUAUAGUUUGUCGUGCACAAUUUGCAUCAUCGGCUGUGUGUGUCAUGCUCAUCUGUACAUCACGCAGCAAACACUUUCAUAGGUACACGCAAUGGAAAUCCCCCGUCUGCCCUCCCGACCCGAUUUACAAAGCUAAUGCAACCGAACGGCAAAACCUGGCUGGGGAAGUGCACGGCUCCGGAUUAGUAACGAUCAAUAAGGACUUCGACGACGCCUUGGAGCACAAGCGACAGAUGUACGUGAAAGAUAAAUUAGAAGCGAACUCCCCACUAGACAACCUCUCCACGCUAUCGUAAGAAAAAACUGUUUCACUGUAAGGAUUUUGCAAGUUUUGCAUUACAAGUUCGCUACACAUUACAAAGAAAACUUGCCAUGCAAGGAUCCUAACGGAAAACACCACUAAAAAUCAUUUGUCUUGCAUGUGUAGCAAGACAAACACUUCAGUGAGAUGCAUUUUCUGCGUCACAAGUUCACAGCGAAGCAGUUUUUUCUUGCGAUACACGCCGGGAGACCAUCAUUCUGACACGGUGUCCGUGAUCAGUUCCAAAGCGAUGUUGGACCAAGUAGCAGCGGAGAACGAAACGCUGAAUCCUUUGACAAGGGUGAAACACCCGGAGGAGGAGAAAAGACUAGCAAGGGAGCGGGAGAGGCUGAAAAAAGAAAAGCAAAGAGAUCAGCAGUACUUGGAAGCUUAUCGGGAGGAGAAGCGGAUGCAGGGAGAAUCGUCGACCGAAAAUCCUUAUGCAUUGCAAAAGUGUGAACGUUUCUUGCAGCACUUUGCAUGACAGGUCUGUUCUUUUUACGUGAAUCCGCAUCACAGAUCUCAUUUUUCAUUUUGGAAAGAUUUGUCAUGCAAUCUACACUACUGGUACAACUGCGAUACGCAUACCGAUACUUUUGCAAUGCAUACUCCCAAUCUGGGUAUCUUCACCAAGGAGGAACCAAAAGUCCGCUUUGCCGAUGGAGUCAACCCCGGGGAAGAUGAGAAUUUUGAUCUAAAAUUCACGGGAAAUAAGAGAUCCGUGCGGGGGAAGGUGUUUGCCAAAGCGGUUGACAAAAAAGCAGAGUACCCCGCGCAGUUUUCACCGCAGAAAGGAGGGACCAAGCCGAGCGGGGCUUUGCGGAGUCAGAAAAGUUUGGACAACAGUGACUUAGAUGAGGAGGAACUUCCGGAAGAGGAGAAUGAUCCCCACUACGACCCGUGUUUGUCUCCAACGCAGAAACUAGACGUGGAUAAACUGUACUAUGCCGUUCUCAGACGUUACAUUCUCAACAGUAAUGCAUGAAUCUGUGAUGCAAAGUAACCAUAAUCCACCACAAAAUCAAGCUACCUCGCAUGACAAGUUACCGAAGGGCCACACAGCAUCUGAAUCUGCGUCAUCAAGUUUGUGAUGCGAGAGCUGCAAGCUUGCCCCUUUCACUGCCGCUGGUCUUGCAUUACAAAUUCAUGCAACAGCAGCUGCUGGGAGUGUAACGUUUGGGAAUCCCAUAUGUACCGGAUGGACUCGAUGGAACAACUACAGCAGCAGAUCGGGUUGCAAAUGAACCAGAGAAACAAAGGACCGAAGUUCUCGUUAUUCAACGCGAGCUUCAAGUUCAAGGAGUUCCUAGCGCCCGUGGAAGAUAACGGCCUGGACCCGAGAGUGACACGGAAAAAACCACUCCCGCUCUAUCCUGUGCAAAAGUAUCGUACUCGUAGUAAUUUCAAUCAUGCAUUACAAAUCUUUUCCUCAAGGUGAAUCUGCAUUACAAAUUCAAUUUCUCAUGCUGAAAAAAUUUGUAUUGCAAUACUACGAGUACGAUACUUUUGCAGAGCAUACGCUCUUGAUUCGGCCGCUCUUCGUGGGGAUCUAUGCCAUGAUCGCCGGCAUCUACUUCUGCACGGUGCCGCUGCGAUAUGAAAGUGCACAAUUCCCCCUCCCCCUCGUUUGUCAUGCAAGAUCUCAAAUCCAGCUGCUGCCCUGUAGCACUGUUUGCAUCACAAAUUCUGCAAGUCCAAACAGUACCACACGAGGCGCAUGAAUUUGUCAUGCAUAGGCUCCAUGUGUGCUGAUGUCUGUAUUGCUGCUUAUGCCAUACAAAUGAGGGGGAGGGGGGGUUGUGCACUGUCAUAUGCGAGAGGCCGAACAGGCGGGGAGGCACUUCUGGCAGUGGACCAACGCAAACUGCUAUGCAAGAAAAAAACUGUGUAGGUGUUGUAAGUCUGUCAUGCAAAGCAUGCAACACAGCUGCGCCUGUCAUGCUGGUCAGCCAUGAAGUCCUCUUUUCAUAUCUGUUUUCAUGUGGGAGCUGCGCAUGGCAGGCUUUCUCUGUCAUGCACAGCAAAUUUGUCAUGCUCUCACCCCAAGAAUAAACCUAAAGCUAAACCAAUACACUUUUUUGUCGGGAUAAUUGCCGGAUCUGGAGGUUUACCGACAUAUGCUCGGUUUGCGCUUUGAAAUCCGACGGGGGCGCGGAGCGGUGCGGGGUUAGUGACGUCGCGCGGUACAGUAACGGGUGUCAGUUCGACAUUCUAAUCCGGUAUGAUAGUGACGGCGGGGAAGAAGACUCGCAGGUGGCCGAGGGCAAUUGGUAUCCCGAGUACGAAUGGGACGGGAAAGAAUACGAUUUAGCGCCCAGGGAAUACUUCAACCAGUGUCCGGGCGGGAAAGGUAUAGAUUUUUUACGUUUAGUUAAUUUCACGUUUUUGAGGAUGCAUGACAAGCAGGCUGUCUCUUGUACGAUUUCGCAUGACAAAUCCAAAUCAAAACAGCCACCUCCCCCGCCUCUCUCCGCCUUCCCCGCGCGGAGAUGGAAAAACUCGAAAACUGCUGCAUCUACCACAACCCCACCACCGAUCUGUUCUGCGACAUGUGGUCCUACGGGAACACCAAAGGCUCCUGGCCUUGCCGGGUGGCGGAGGGGGACAUCUUACCGGCAACCACCACCGAGCGCCCCAGGUUUGCCCAGGUCUGGAUCUUCGGCCACAACCAGUCCGAGUGGUGGACCUACGCGGGGCUGUGCUUCGCGCUGAUGUUGGUCUUGUGGAAAUUUUGGCUGUGGCCGCUUUGGAUUUACCAGCUAUGCAUUGCAAACGUAUCGUACUAGUAUAAAUCACAUGACAAAUUUACUCAGCAUGAGAAAUAAAUUUUGUAAUGCGGACUGAACUUGAGAAAAAAACUUGCAAUGCAGGAAUGCGAUUACUACAAGUGCGGUACUUUUACACUGGAUACCAGCGGUACGAAGACAAAAGGUUGGAGCAGAGGAGGGAGUUAGAGGAGAUGAAAAGGAGAACGGGGAAAGGGUUCUUUGAUAAAGCAACGGGCAAAUUCGUCACCUUCGAUCCGAACGAGUAUUACGAAGAGCAGGAGAAUAGCAGUGGUUACGGCUACGGCGGGUCGUCCCCUGCCCUGUACUACGCGGAACCCCCUUCUGUCUCCGAAGAUUUCGAUAGUGAAGACAUCAAGCCCAGAAGUAAACCUUCCAACUACCAUAUCCACUGCAAGUAUGUCUGGGUCUGGACGGUUGCGAGAUUUGUCAUGCUUGUCUCCCAUGACGCUGGGCUUUGUGUUGCGUGGCUACGAACAGCUCCGCUUGCCUGUUAUGCAAAAACGCUGUUUCUCAUGCGGAAAAGGCAACACAGAGCGACGGAAAAGCCUGUCAUGCUUGGCGGUGCAUCACAGAGGGCUAUACUAUUCACUGGCUUACAUCAGAACCUUCCAGACCACCCAGACGUAUUUGCAAUGCAUAUACCACAAUAAAAUGCUGAAAGCUUCGAUGAAGGGCUUGCUGUCACCGAAGAGAUAUCCUGUGCAAAAGUAUCGUACUCGUAGUAAUUCUUGCAGUCAUGCAUUACAAAUCUCUUCGUUAGGGUAAAUCCGCAUUACAAAUCUAAUUUCUCAUACUGAGAAAAUUUUUGUUGCAUUUCUACGAGUACGAUACUUUUGCAAUUCAUAAGAGAAGGCCGAACAAGGAUGGAGAGAUAGUGGAAAUUAGUCUGGAAAACCAAGUCCCUGCGCGGUCUCUGAACAACCCAGACACCACCUUUGCCUAUGACUCCGCACGGAACCCGUUCCGCGUGGCGUAUGCAUUGCAAAAGUAUCGCACCAGUGGAAAUUGCAUUACAAAUUGGCUCAGCAUUACAUGAUAUGCGAAGUUUGUCAUGCUGUCUCAGUUUCGGAGCGAGAUUUGUCAUGCGCGUCAGCAAUUAGUACGAGUACGAUACUUUUGCAAGGCAUAUGGCGCACAAUGAGACGAUCGGCGGUGUUAACGAGAUAAUAGAUCCACGGUACCCCGAGGGGCAGCGACCCGGGAGCAGAGGGCAGAACCUCGGGAAUAAGCCGGUGAGGAUGACGCGAGCAGAUAUAUCGAAUGCAAAAUGUUGACAUCGUACUCCUCGUAGACUCAUCGCAGUACAGCAUGACAGAUCUAGUUUCUUAGCUAGUUCAGCAUUACAAAUUCCAUUUUUCGUUGUGGAAAAAUUUGUGAUGCUAUUUCUACGUAGUGCGACCUUUUUGCACUGCAUAAGACAGGAUGAUGGACAAAUUCCGCUUGUUGAAGUCCAAAGUUUCCGACCAUCUCUUCCACCAGCCCGGGAAAAUCGCGAACCAGUCACAGCAGGACGUAAUAACCGCGCAGGAGAGAAACAUUGAAAGAAUGCAGUUCGACGGGGACGACUAUUACUCGCAGACCGCGAUAAGACUCGCCGGGGUUCCGCCACCGUUGUACUUGCAGGGGAAAUUCAUAGAAGACGUCGGAGGAGGACCUGCUGCUUCGAAAAAAGAGGUGGAUAAUAGCAACAUUCUCAUCACAGCAGAAAACAACAACAUCGACGCAAAAGGCGGACGGAACCGAAAGACCAGUAAAGACCGCGGCCGAUCCCAAGAAAACAAAAACCUCUCGCACAUGAGGAAAGCGAACAAAAACGAGCAUUUGGUGCCACUUAUGCAUUGCAAAAGCAUCGUACUAGUAUAAAUUGCAUUACAAGUUGACGUAGCAUUACAAAUUGAAUUUGUAUUGCGGAUUUGCCUGAACAAAAAGAUUUGUAAUGCAUAAACGCAAUUAGUACGAGUACGAUGCUUCUGCACAGGAUACCGCUACCGGGUGGGUUUCAGGAACAGAGAAGCACAAUAAUCCGGAUAUGCUGUGCAAAAGUAUCGUACUCGUAUAAAUGCAGGUCUUGCAUUACAAAUUUCUUUGUCAAGGCAAAUCAGCAUUACAAAUUUUCUUUCUCAUGCUGAGGAAAUUUGUAAUGCAUUUAUACGAGUACGAUACUUUUGCACAGCAUACCGGAUGCAGGAUAGCAAGGACACUAUUGGGCGAUCAAAUGUGUACGAUAACGCGCCGGUCGUGGAGACCAGAGGAGAUCAAGCGAGGAGUGCCGAGGAACAGGAAGACUCCUUAUGCAUUGCAAAAGUAUAAUGUUCCUCGCGCUAGUAGAAAUCGUUUCACCAAUUUGAUUAGCAUGGAAAAUGGAAUUUGUUGUGCGUGUUAGUGUACAAAGGUGAUCAUCUCUCAUGCCUGAUUGCCAUUAGUACGAGUGCGAUACUUUUGCGAUCCAUACUCCUUCGAAUUCUACAAUGACGUCGAUGCGACGUUUCAGCACGUGCGGAAAGGUAUCAAAUGCAAAUAGGUCUGGGUCUGGAAACUUGUGAUGCUGGCCGGAAAAUCUUGAGGACGUCCCAAGUGGUGGCCCUCGCAUGACAAGUUUUUGAGCUGCUAGGUGUUGCGUGUUCAGCAUGGCAACCUGUGUUUCCGCAUGACAGAAAACUGGGACGCUUGGCUAACGCGCAUGACAGACUUGAGAGUCAUGCUGGCCGAGCAUGACAAAGUCUGCACUCUUCCAGACGCAGAGAGAUUUGCAAUGCAUAAAAGGAAGCAGCUCCUCUUCUAGCUCCUCGGCACGACACCAAGAUACAGUCUCUUACCCCGCCAGCCAGUUUCUUGGACGAAACAAGACGCAGUUCCACCCGGGGCCAGACGCGCCAGUCUACGACCAGCCCCACAUGUUCUCGCAGGACAGCUCGCAAGGCGUGUCGACAAGUACAACCGCUGGUAAUCUUCAUGCGAGAAUCAAUCCCGCGUCCAUGCUCGGACCUAACGGCGGUUCCACUUCCACGUCCUCCCGCGCCACAAGGGUCGGGGUCUUUGGCAACCCGGGACCUGGACCCGCGUAUUACGACGUUGGCGGGGUGAAAGAGGAGGUGAUUCUAGGCUCGGAAAUGGUGAAGAAGAACUGGACGCAUUCGGAACUCCGGGCGAAAUCACCCUUGAAAAGGCGCAUCGAGGCGUGCGGAGAUAAUGUGUUGGGGGAGAACGAAUUAUAUCACAGGAAAAAGUGUUAACGUUAACGGAAUUUGUGAUGCAACAAUGCAUCGCAAAACGUGCCAGAAUUUGUCGUGCAUAGCAUGCGUAUUGGACUACAUUUGUGAUGCAUGACUGUAAUCUGUGAAAACCGUUAACGUAUAACGCUUUUUCUUGUGAUAGAUUAAGGAAGAUGUUCAAGAAAGCAAAAGCGAAAAACAAGCUGCAAACUGCGGAAGAGAAGUUUUGGCCGAAGCCAGGGGCUACAAUACAGAACACCAGUGCUAAUAAUUCUGCGAACCGCAGUCGGGCAAACAGUAAAGACAGUGCGUUUUCAUCCUCCGGGAAUAGCUCGGAUGAAGGAGGGGGUAAUGGUCCCCUGUUUUCCCGAAACAGCUCGAAAGUUUUACCAAGGAUCCAGGAGAACGAGGAGUUAUUUCCGUAUGGAGGAGGAGGCGGGUUCGGUGCUGGUAGCGUCGAGGAAGAGAAUUCGUCCAUGGUGUUUCCACCAAAUAAUAACAUCAGCGCACAGCAUAACCAUAACAAUUCAACUUCAUCUGUGCUGUCGCAAUCCGAGGAAGAUGAACAAACCUGGAACAAAUACGUGGAGAACGGACUAGUCGUCGCAAAGGCGAAACCAAAAGCAAAGCAGCGGUACAAAAUGCCCGCGGCGGCUACGAAAAUGCAGACGCGGAACGCUGGUGGGGGAUUGAAUUCAGGGUUUUUGUAAAAAGAUAUUUCUUUACGUUUACGAUCUGUGGAACAGCUGCGAAUUAUGCUGGUUUCAAUUUUGACAAUAAAGAACUUCUCUUUAUUCAGUUUCAACAAAUAGUUCACUGCCGUGAUUUGACUUCCGUUUCCGUUUCAGAACUUGAAUCGCUGGAUUAUCUUGCAGGCACCGGCGGAUGCUGGCUCUCUUCUAGCUGCACCGAAGCCGCCCAAGAGCGCUUGCUCGACACUGGUGGUGAUUCUGAUUGUGAGGACCGAUCUAAACAUCAGUUCUUGAGAGAAGAAGUAUUUCAAUCAAAU